AAGAAAGGAUGUGGAGUGGACUGCUACCUCCUGGCCUAAAUGAAAGUGAUGUUGAAUUGAAUUCUGAAGAUGAAGACACACUAGAGAACGCCGGGCCUUCAUUAGAGGAAGAUAAAGAAGAUGGGACCGUUACAAAAGCAGAGCUCUCCGAUCCCCCUACAGAGGGACCGGAAGCUGAAGCAGGGGCAAAUGUAAACGCAUACGAAGAGUGUCCUUCAGGAAUUCCCUCACAUAUUGUGGAAUGUAGAAAUUUCAAGGAAUUACAUAAGAAACACUCUGAACAGGAAACCUCAUCUCAGAUUCAGGAGAAAAGAAAACGCUCCAAAAAAGGUAAAUUGAAGAAUGAAGAAGAAUCUCAGAGUGAACAGUCCUCAAGUCAAACCCAAUGGAAGGAACUUACUCAGUAUUUUGAAGUCAACGACAGAUUUGAACCCCCUGUUAAAAGAAAAAAAAUAGAUACUUCAGGCCUUGAAAAGAGCAUAGACCAGGCUGUGGAAGAGUGGAAUAUUGAGAAAGCUGAGGAACUCAGCAACCAGCUCGCUACCCGGGAGCUUGGUGUAAAAAUUGCCAAAGCGAUUGCCUGCCACAACUUUGUAAAAGCCAAAAAGGAAGCUGAAAAUUCACAGGUUGCUCGAAAAAAGAAGAAACUUGCAUGGGGAUUUGAAGCAAAGAAGAGAUGGGAAACCAAAAGCAACAUGGGAUAUAUGUAACUUGCCAGAGUUUCUUCAAGACACUGUAUCUUUACUUGAGCUUUUCCUUGAGUCUUCAAUUGCUCAAUUUACUUGAAAAGGUUUUCCUGCUUAUGUUAAAUAAUAUUUCAGGAAAUUGAUAGAAGUAGAAAAAAGAAGCAUAAAAUUUGGGAGUUGAUUAUCAAAUAAAUCUUUUCAAGCUUUUUCUAACGAGUCCAUCCUAUUGAAGUGAAUGAAAUUGAGUGUUCUGUUGUUUGUACAAGGAAUCUAAGCAUACAUACAGGGGAAAAAAGAUAGACAUUUAUUUAUUUAUUUAUGUAGACCUACAGUAUAAAAUCAAUUUUACUUUUCAUCCAUUUGGUGUAGCAUAGCCAAUGAGCUCCUUGUACUUUCUUAUCUGUACUCAGUGUAACUGCACUUAUCCUGGAAUUGUGUUUUUAAGAUUGGCAUUUGUUUAUAAUGGAUUAGUCAUAAGUGCAAGAAAAUUUCAAUUGAUAGUAUCUUUACAAAUGAGUUUAUCUUACUGUUAUAAAAGUAAUUGUUGGUUCUUUAUUGGAUGCAGUAGAGUUGAUACCUCACAGUCACAUAAUAAAAGCAGUGGAUUAAUUUUUGUGUACCUUCCGAUAAAAUAUAAUUUUUAAAAAGGACAGAAUGUACUAUUUGGAGGAUGAUUUAAAUUCAGCUCUGCCUGGAAAUGCCUUCCUAAAUAUUUCUCUCGGCCAUGUAAUUCUUUAAAUUAUGAGAUGAUUCUUAGAAGAGAAAGUGGUGUAAUUAUAUUAGAAUGUUAUAACUCAAGACAAUAUAACUUUGAACCUUCUAAGAAUGUGGUUUGAUUGUUUUUACUACACUUCCCCGUUACUCCUUAAAAGAUGGAAUGAAUUAAGGAGGAUAAAAAGAGGACUGGUGCAAUGGGAAGUAGUUUUCAUUAAGUGUGUGUGUCAUAGUCCGAACUAGAAGGGGCUUUGGGAAAUCAUAUAACCAGCUGGUCAGAAGACCACGGCUGGAGGCUUUCAUUUUUUUAGCAGGCUUUUGGUAAUUUGGCACCUCCCUACUUGGUGCUCAGUAGAAGUAAAGAACUAUUUCUCAUGGUUUUCAUCAGUUCGCCUUCCUUCUUCAACCUUCAUGACAGGUCUGCUAGCUACCUGGUGGGAACUUCUGCUGGGUUCAUAAUAUCAAUUCAGGAACAUAGAAAACGUGUCAUUAUAAUUCUAUUAUUUUGCUAUUUUUAGAUUUAUAAUAGUAACAAAAUUUUACUAAUCUGUAGUGGCAUAUUUCAUGUUUUAUCUGUGUUCUGAAAUAAGUGAAUAAGUUGCUAUUUAAGAGAACAAAAAUCAUAUCUUGUUUUCACUUCGUUGAGAAAAGCCAGUAUAGAGAAAGCAAGAUUUUAGGAGAUUGUUAAUCUAUUAUGGAAUUCAUCAUGAAAAGGUGUCCAGACGAAAUAUCGGAAAAUCUUCUAUUAGGUUGGUGCAAAAGUAAUUUCGGUUUAGGGCGGCCGAUGUCUCAGCUGGUUAGAGCAC